GACCGUGGAAGGGAGACCAAAAACAAGAAAGAGAAGAGAGAUAAACAAACCAAAGUAUAGAAGUGAGUAUUAUUUGCACUAGCAGCGAUCGAGGGUUGUAAAACAAAAUCUAAUUCCCUCUAUUCUUCAAAUAAAAAAAAAAAAAAAUAGACAUAAAACCCAGAAAAAUACAGAAAAAAAAAGAAGGAAAUGCAUUUGUGAGUAGAGAGAGAAAAAUAUAAGCUGGGUUUACUUCCAAAAUUUGCUGACAAUUCGAUUAUAUUUUGAAGAAAUACAAUCAUUUGAUUUUAUUCAGUCAAGACUCAACCUUUUGAAGCUGUUUGCUUGCCAGAUAUAUAAUAAGGUCAGAAACUGAUCAAAAAGGUUAAAUUUAUCAUUUUCUGGCAAUAUUACUUGUUACCCAUUUUGUAAAUUACUUUAAUUUAGGUUUUAUUAGUUGGGUAUUUUUGGGGUGGAAGAAAAAAGGGGAAAUUUUAAUCUUUAUAUGUUACACUUAAACUUAUCGAUCCUAGUAUUCAAAAGGGAAAUUGAAGGGUUCUUAGUUGGUUAAUUUUGAUAUUGAAAUGUGGGAUUUUGAGCAACGGUAUAGUUUGUUGCUUUACAGUUUUUACUGUUUAAAGUUGAGGUGUAGUAAGCUUUGUUGCUUAAUUUGGUGAUUUGAAUUUAGGGUUUUGUUUUCCGUACAGAUUUGAAUUAAAUUGGAGUUGAUUUUAGGGUUUGAGUAGUUUACGAAGCAAGUUAGAUCUCUAAUUGGGUAUUUUAUUUUCGAAAUUUAGGGUUUUGAGUAUGUGUUUAUGUAUUGCCAUUUUCGUUAAUUUGAUUAAGCUGUAUUAGCUGGAGUAAUGUUGAAAAUGGAGUUUGCUAAGAUUUGAAUUGGGGGGUUUGUUGUGUGGUUUGGAUUCUGUUGUAUGACUUUGUAGUUGUGACCCGAAAGAAUGCAGCCCGAAAAGAUUUCUCGAAUCGACACGAGUGAGCUCCGGGCUCAGUUGUUGAAGAAAAUUGGGCCAGAGAGGUUUAAGAGGUAUUUCUAUUGUUUGAACAGAUUUAUAAACCAGAAGUUAAGUAAGUGUGAGUUUGAUAAGUCGUGUUAUCAAAUACUCGGAAGGGAAAACCUUCCUUUGCAUAAUCAGAUUAUAAGGGCGAUUUUGAAGAAUGCUUGUAGUGCCAAGACCCCUCCGGAAGCGGGUUCAGCAAAGAUUGGUUUAUCAGCUGGAAAUAAUGUACCUGUUUUGGAGGAUGGGUACGGUCAGGGCGUGGGUGUCGCUCAGAAUCAGAGUUCAAUGGCUCCUGUUUGGUCUAAUGGGGUUGUUUUGCCUCCGUCUCCACGGAAGGUGCGGUCUGGGGUUCGAGAAAGGAAGCUUAGAGAUAGGCCAAGUCCUCUUGGGCCUAAUGGAAAAGUAGAUUCUGCAUCACAUCAAUCGACUGCGACUGAUGACGAUGGUUUUAAGGUUGUAGAAAAUGGGGAUUUGAUGGGUUAUGAUUAUCAACAGCGUUUGCAGCGGCCGGUAGGGCUCGCUGAGCAAUCGGAAAAAGAGAAGCUGAUGAUAAAAAGUUCGGUAGAUGUUCCAGGUAGUGUCCGAGGUAAGGAGCAGAAUGACGUUGUUAAGAAUGAGGAAGAGACGGAACAAACUAGCCGGCCAAAGGUAUCGAGAAGUCCUCUUGUUGCUCCUCUCGGGAUUCCAUUUUUCUCUGGUGGGGCCCGGAGAUCAUUGCCUGUGACGCACAUUGGCAAUUGCGUCAGCUGCUUUGAUAUCGCUGCGCUUUCUGAUAGUGACAUGCUUAGAAGGCGAAUGGGGCAGAUUGCGGCUGCUCAAGGUCUUGGAGGUGUUACGAUGGAGUGUGCUAAUACCUUAAAUAACAUGUUGGAUGUAUAUUUGAAACGAUUGAUCAGUUCUUGUUUAGAGUUAGUUGGUUCUAGAUCAACAAGUGACCCGAUGACGUAUGCUGUUCAGAAGCAGCAAAUUCAUGGCAAGCUUAUGAAUGGUCUCUGGCCGAGUAACCAUUUACAUAUGCAAAGUGGUGGUCCUCCUGUAGAAGAACAGAGAGUUCACUCUGUUUCUUUGCAGGAUUUCAAGACCGCGAUGGAGUUAAACCCUCAACAACUUGGAGAAGACUGGCCUUUGCUUUUGGAGAAGAUAUCCAUGCAGGCUUUUAAAGAGUAAGAUCGACGAGGAAUAUUUGGAUUUGCCUUGUGAUCCUAGUGGGUUGGACAUUCUGGCUCGAAGAGCAUGUCGAAUACGACUUGUUGCAACCAAUGAUGUCAAAUGUCAAUUGUCAAAUUUAUUCUCCCUAUGUCCUAUACCGGAUGACUCAUAUGGUCCUACCCAUUAGCUGCAGCGGGACCUUCGGAAGAUCAACCGAAGGUUUCGAGCUUGAGAUGUCUGUACAGAUCCUUAAAGAGUUUGUUCAUGAUCGGGGAUUUGUUUAGUGGCAACUAGUGAUCGAGUUCUCGAGAAAUGCCUUGUUGGGGUUGCCCUGUUGUAUUUUUAGCAUUCUUUUCGGCCGUCCUCUCCCUUAUUCAUGUAAUUUACUGCCAAGAGGAGAUAAUAUGGAAAGUUUUGCAGGGAUACUGUUGUUUAGCUUGGUAAGGUUAUAUUUACAUAACAUAAGAGCUAUAAUGUUGCUCUACUUGUGUUUUUGGAUUAAAGUUUAAUGCCAACAUGAAUAACAUAUUAACUUCUUGACAGCUUGUUGUUGUAGUUUGCUACUCUUACCUAUAAUCAUAGAUUGUGCUAUUGUCUAUAAAAGUCAGCAAUUUUGCUGUUUAUUAUUGGUUUACA